GGCACACAGGAGACCUCAGGCCCAGGCUCUACUCCCGAGCUGUGAAAGGGCCCACUGCUCCUGGAGUGUGGAGGACGAGGAGGAGGCCGUCCGCGAGCAAUGCCAGCGUGAGAGAGACAGGCAGCUUCCGGCCCAGGACGGGGACGGAGGUGGCCUUGUCCCAGAGAGACCGGAGCAGGAGAUGCUCCUCAGCCUGAAGCCCUCGGAGGCCCCUGAACUGGGUGAGGAUGAGGGCUUUGGCAACUGGUCCCAGGGGCCAGAGCAGUGGCAGCAGCACGAGGGGGCGUAGGGCGCCUCGGACAGCGGAGAGCCCGCCCCAAUGCAGGAGUCCUGAGGGCAAGCAAGAGGACGGGCCCAGCCUGCAUGCCUGCGAAAAGGAGGACAGUGACGAAGUCCACCUGGAGGAGCUGAGUCUGAGCAAGGAGGGGCCAGGCCCAGAGGACACUGUCCAGGACAACCUGGAGGCCUCAGGGGCUGAGGAGGAACAGGAGGAGCACCAGAAAUAUCAGCAGCCCAGGACACCCAGCCCCUUGGUCUUGGAGGGGACCAUCGAACAGAGCUCACCUCACCUGAGCCCUCCCAUCAAACUCAUCGACAGGACCGAGUUCCUAAACUGCUCCAUAGAGAAGCGUAACAGUGUGAAGAAAUCCCAGCCAGACUUGCCCAUCUCCAAGAUUGACCACUGGCUGGAACAAUACACCCAGGCCAUCGAGACCGCUGGCCGGACCCCCAAGCUAGCCCACCAGGCCUCCAUAGAGCUGCCCAGCAUGGCCGUGGCCAGUACCAAGAGUCAGUGGGAGACGGGUGAGGUACAGGCUCAGUCUGCGGCCAAGACUCCGUCCUGCAAGGCCAGGCAUGAUGGCUCAUACCUGUAAUCCCAACAUUUUGAGAGGCCAAGUUUGGAGAAUCGUUUGAGGCCAGGAGUUGAAGACCAGCCUGGGCAACAUAAUUUCAGACAUGCUGAAACUGAUUGAAGUAUCAUUUGCUACCAGAUAGAUUAAUUAUCUCUAGUUGUAGGAGUGGAUACAUCUUUAAUGGUAUAUUUUGGGUUAUUGUCUUGUUUUUGAUGCAGUAUUCUAUAAAUAAUUUCUUAAACCUGGCAUCCUUGGGUGAGCAUAGAUUUUUCAACUUUGGUGUUAUAUUGUGUUUGCUUUUAAAAACUGCUUUUGAGGCCGGGUAUGGUGGCUCUUGCCCAUACCCAGCACUUUGGGAGGCCAAGGUGGGCAGAUUACCUCAGGUCAGGAGUUCAAGACCAGCCUGGUCAACAUGGCAAAACCACGUCUCUACUAAAAGCCCAAAAUUAGCCAGGCAUGGUGGUGCAUGCUUGUAGUCCUAACCACUCGGGAGGCUGAGGCAAGAAAAUCACCUGAACCUGGGAGGCGAAGGUUGCUAGGUUGCUGUGAGCCAAGUUUGCACCAUUGCACUCCAGCCCGGGUGAAAGAGCAAAACUCUGUCUCGAAAAAAAAAAACCCACCCAAAACUGCUUUUGAAUGGAGUUGUAAACACAAUUUUUUAUGAAAAAAAUUCGGAAGUGCAUAAGUUCAUAAUAGAAAAACCAAUAAUAUUCCAGGCACAAGUUAGUACGAAAAAAAUUAUGUUGAAUAUUCUGUAAUACAACAUGCUUUUUCCCUUCAUGAACAAUUUGUGUUUUACUGAGAAGACUCACUGUUUAUGGUAGACAUUAGACUACAGAUGAAUAUGUACUUUAAACACUCUUAGUUCCUUUCUUAAUUUUAUAUCUGCUGCUUUAUGCUUCUGUGUAUUUUCAUUCUUUCCAAUGUCCACAUUCUAGUAAAUUUGAAUAUUUUAAUCCAAGUUUAUGUACUAUUUAAUAUUGCUUGUAUAGUUUAGUAUUUUUAAGACUCAAAA